AUGGCUAACUACACCAAGUUUUUAAAAGACAUCAUAUCUAGGCAUAAGAAGUUAGGUGAGCAUGAGACAGUAACCUUAACAAAGUGUAGUAGUGAUGCUCUAAGGAAUCCAUUGCCUGUUAAGUGUAAGGAUCCAGGUAGUUUUACUAUCCCUUGCUCAGUAGGAAGUAAGAACCUAGGAAGAGCAUUGUGUGACUUAGGAGCAAGAAUUAAUCUUAUGUCUCUUUCUGUCUUUAAAGAGUUAAAUAUAGGAGAAGCUCGUCCCACUACUGUCACUUUACAACUAGCUGAUAGGUCCAUAAAGAAACCGGAAGGAAAAAUAGAAGAUCUGCUUGUUAAAGUAGAUGAGCUUAUUUUUCCCAUUGAUUUCAUAAUUUUGGAUUGUGAAGCAGAUCUUGAGGUGUCGAUGAUUCUUAAGAGGCUGUUUUUAGCAACUGAAGAUAUGGUAUUCAAUGUUAGGAAAGGAGAGAUCACUAUGAAGGUCAAUGAUGAACAGGUAACCUUUAAUGUCCUCGAUGCGAUGCUUCUCCCGGAUGAAGUCGAGGAGUGCUCUACAAUAGGGGCAAUAUGGAGGAACUCCAGCAAAUGA